AUGCACCUGCCUACUUUGGGUUAGACUCUUCCCCUCAUACCUUCGCCCAUCCGGAUUGGCAUUGGAGCUCUUCUUUCCCUCCUCUCCCAGACUACUAAGAGAACUAGACUGCUAGUUUCGCGCUUAUACCACUCUAAUAUAACCUAGAGAUACUUUCACCGCUCUUACGGGUGCUGGAUAUCGGUGCUUCUCUUCUCGACGGAUCUCGGCUGCACGGAUAGUGAAUCUGGUUGAAUCUAAUCUCUACGCACCACUACCACUCUUUUUUGGACUGACCUUAUCACUCCUUGAAACAUCUCCAACAUGGCGAUUGAAGUCGUCGACUUGACCGAGGCAGAUAUCCCCGGUGUUAUCCAAGUGAUCCAGCAAGCCUUUGCCGAUGACCCAUACUUCAAAUGGGUGUUUGAUGAACCAUCGUUCAACGCACAAAGAAACCACGACUCACUGGCCGCCCGAUGCCGCUGGGGCAUCAAUAACGCUAUUUUCCAAGUCGCCAAAGACACCGAUACCACCACUACUUCUGACAACUCCUCAACCUCGCCUAUCCUUGGCGUCUCUUGCUGGCUAGCACCACACCCACCCAACCAACCCGAAACCUGGUACUCCUGGACCCAAUCCUGGAUCCUCUCUGCCCGCCAACUAAUCACCAACAUCCGGUAUCGCGGCCAUGGCGGUCUCCGCACGAAUCGGUAUUGGAUCUGGAAAACCAGACAGCAAGAAGCGCAGGCGUCUAUUUGGGAUGAUCCCCGUGGUUAUUACUUUUGUAAUAUCGUUGCUGUGAGUCCUGAGGCGCAGGGAAAGGGGGUGGGAAGGAUGCUUUUUGAGGCUGUCACGAAGAGGGCGGAUAGGGAGAAGGUAAAAUGUUAUCUUGAGAGUUCGAAGAAGGUGCCCAAUGUUAUGAUUUAUGAGAAGAUGGGGUUUGAGAUGAAGAUGGAGAUGGAGUGUAGGGAUGGGGAGGAUGCUUGUAUGCUUUAUUGCAUGGUUCGUGAGCCUAAGACUGAGUGAAUAGGCCUGAUAAUAUGCACUCGCGCUUGAUGUGUUUUCAUUUUCUUGGGCGGUAUACUUGCAUUAGUAGAAAGUGAUAACAGUUGUUGGACUUCAUCGUGACCUCGAUGUCUAUUGUUUGAGUUUCCUGUUCGGCAUCGUUUCACGGACAAUCGACUUUUUCAGGACAAAUCACAAUCUC